GCACAAAACUAAAAAAGGCUCUCGCUAGGACCUGGAGGAGUGCUGGUGUGUUCCAGAAGUGACAGAUAGGAGAACGAGCACGGAAGUCAAAUUUCUGGUGAUGGCUCAGCAGGCCGGGGCUGGGCGCAGGUAUAUCCGGGCGUUUGUGAGCGGCUUCUUCGUAGCAGUGCCCGUAACUGUCACUGUUCUGGACCGCUUUGCCUAUGUAGCACGAGUAGAAGGAGCCUCAAUGCAGCCUUCCCUGAAUCCUGAGGGGAAUGUGACAGGGUCUGACGUGGUGCUCCUGAACCGCUGGAGUGUGAGGAACUACCAAGUACGUCGAGGUGACAUUGUGUCAGUCCUGGUCAUAGCCCUUGAGGGAGACUUCAUCAAGACGCUUGGCUAUAAGAACCGCUAUCUCAGGGUCCCUGAUGGCCACUUUUGGAUCGAGGGGGACCAUCACGGCCACAGUCUGGACAGCAACAGCUUUGGACCGGUGUCUCUGGGGUUGGUCCACGGCCGUGCCUCCCACAUCAUCUGGCCACCCAAUCGGUGGCAGAGGAUCGAGCCGUCCCUCCCCCCUGAGCGGAAGCCCUUGUUGAACUGGCACGGGGACACAACAGAGGAGGAGGACUGAGGAGAGGCUCAUGGCUCUAUACAUACUGUACCUACCUACACUCUCUCUCUCUCUCUGUCAUACAGUACAUGUGAAAAUGUCAUAAUCCUUUGAUGUGGCACAGUUAUUAUAUCUCUUUGUUGUUGAGAAGCUGAAUAUGUCAAUGGAUCAGAUACCCAUUACCCAUACAGUUGCGGCCAAAUAUAUUGGCACCCUUYCACUUUUCUUAAAUAAUUGCCUAUUUCUUCUACAAUAAGUUGAAAAAUGAAAAAUAAAGUUUGGUCUCCACACCUUGUUUUUGGGAUA